GCCGCAGUGACUUCCCUUCCCCCGCCUCUGGAGUCAGGGUGGGAAAUGACCAUCCCUGGCCCAGUGCCUGGCCUGGGGGCCAGUGUGAGGUCCAUUGUUUGAGACUGGAGCUGGGGGGCCCGGGGCCCUGGGAAGCCCCCAGCAAGGCCCUUUGUCCCACUUCCCACAGAUCCAGAGGCCCGGCGAGGCCCUGGUGAGCAGACGCGGCAGAGGUGGUAGCCCCGCAGGAUGAAGGCGCUGGUGGCUGUCCUGCUGGCCCUGCUGUGGUGCGGGCAGCAAGGGAGAGGGCGGGCACAGGAGGACGAGGAUGACGACCCGGACGCUGGGCGCGAAGGCUACGACGAUGAGGAGGACGAGGAGGAAGAGGAGGCCAGCACGCCUGCGGGCAGCAGGGGCUCAGGGCCACAGUGCUACGCGUGCCAGUCCCUGCACAAGGGGGAGAGCUGCCGGCAGGUGCAGAGCUGCGUGCUCCCCAAGACGUGCAAAGCCAUUGUCUCCUCCUGGAACGCUGAGUCAGGUCCCCAGACCACCUACUCGGGGUGGUGUGCAGACACGUGUCAUCCCACCAGCAGGACUGUGGAAGGAUCCCUGACGACCAUAUCCUGCUGCCAGUCCAGCCUGUGCAACACCCCACCCUGGCAGGACCCCCAGGGGAGAGGGGCAGGCGGCCCCCGGGGGAGCCUUGCAACUGUGGCUGCCACCCUCCUGCUCAGCCUCCUGGCCGGUCUUCAGGCGAUGGCGCUUUGAGUGGGGCGGUCCCUCCUCGUGCCCAGCCUGGCUUGCACCCUGGCUGGCCAGCACUCUAUCCGCUGUCCCCUCCCCUGGACCAUGGAGAAUAAACUGGAAGCACCUGUGAUGACCCCGCCGCACUGGUUCCUCUCGGCCACGGCUGCCCUUCCUCGGUUUCCCCUUCCAGCAUCCUGACCUUCUCUCCCUGCCUCUCCCUGGCAGAUGGCCAGCACGUGGGCCUUAGGUCCAGGCCUCAGCGGCUCACAGGGUGGGUCCACACGGCUCCCCGCCCCCAGGAGAGAAAACACUCACUGCAUGCCAGUGGGGAGCCCACCCCAGUUUGCUCCCCAACUUCUUGCCGGAGAAAACCUCCAUCCAUCCAUGUGACGGGCAGCCCUUUCAGGGAGGAGACUUGGGGAGGAAGGUUUCCUUGGCCUACAGGAGGAAAGGGCCCCACCCAGGGCUGCUUGGGGGUGAAUGGAAUUAAUGAGGGGCUGGAAGACAAACAGAAAAGAGAGGGAGGCAGGUGGUGUGUGGCUCAGAUGGGACUUUGCAACCAACCACUCAGCUUGCGGGGGGACGGGGCAGAGGAGGGGCAGUCAGGGAGAA